CUUUUACCUUCACAUUGCACGGCAAUAGUUUCCCAGUCGCAUUAGGAACUGAUCUGCCCUUCGAACUGAUGUUGGUCUAGGUUUAAAGUAAGGCGGGCAAAGUUUACUGAAAUUACUUCUACCUUCUCAUGAGCAGAUUUUCUCUCUUCCGGAAAAAGGCAAAGAUGCUUGGGCUUGCAAAGGCAACCGGCAGCGCAGCGGUUGCCCAGAAUGUGAGGAGGUUUUGUCUCGGGCUGCGCUAUUUUUCACCGGCCUUGAAUUAUCAUAUGGAUUCUCCAAAUAACAAGACGAAUAUGGAAUGGGAGUUUACAAAGCCCAACAAGGAAGGGAUUAUUACACCACAUGCCAUGCAUGAAGAAUCUUUGGACUUGAGGUUGGCAUGCAAUAAUACUAUUCAACCAUCAUCAUUUAUCCUGAUGAAGCAGCAACUUUUUCCUACAACAUUUCAGAAAUCUUUGAUUGCCACUCAUAUUUCUAGUAGAGGACACUUUAGUACAAUGUCUCGAAGACCACCACCUACAUCAAAGGUAGAGAAUGCCAAAGUUGAUGUUGAUUUUAAAAGUGAUGCCACUGCUGCACAGGAAGUGACUCCUCACAUCAAAACUAAAAGGCUUGACAAAACAGCAAGGCACAUAAUGCAGAUCUUGGAGAAAGAGGCAGUGCAAUCAGUAAAAGCAGAGAGGGUGAUUCCAGAUAUUAAGCCAGGCUAUAUUAUAGAGCUCAAAGUGGAAGUACCUGAGAAUAAGCGCAGGGUUUCAACCCUAAAAGGAAUAGUUAUUGCAAAGCGAAAUGCUGGUUUGAGUACAACUUUUAGGAUUCGAAGACUAGUAGCUGGCAUUGGAGUCGAGUCUGUUUUUCCUCUCUAUUCACCAAAUAUCAAACAAAUAAAAGUUUUGGACAAGAAAAGAGUGCGAAGGGCAAAACUUUACUAUCUCCGGGAGAAGAUGGGCUCCAGUGGUAAAAAAUAAAAUACGAAAUUCACAAGAAUUUGUCAGCAUGCUGCAGGAGGAUUAUAAUUAUGAAGAUGAGAUAUUGCUUGAAUUUAAGUAAAUGUUCAAAAUCUAUGAUGCAAGUUUAACAUGAAGUGCCGAGUUCAACACAAUGAGAGAAUGGCAUUCACUUCAGCUGUUUUUGCGGUAUUUUUUGUAUUUGUAAACAUUUAUGACAUUAUUUUUGAUCAGUGUAAACAGAAGUGGCAUAAACUUCUUGUUGGAAAUUUAUGAUUCUUUU